ACCAAGCAUGAGAAAGGAGCAGCAUCGUUGACAUGUGUCCACCGUGUGGGAUCCGCGGAGACUGAGGUCCUUUCAGCCUUGAACAAUGGAUUAACUGGACCGACUGAUUAAACAUGGACAUCGUUUCUCUGUUGGUGCUUCUCCUCUCCUGCAGGAUUCAAGCAGGAGCUCCGAUGACGCUGUCACCUAAAACACUAACCGUCCUGCGAGGAGAGGAGGCCCGGUUCACCUGCAGUUCCUCCAACACAAAGUGGACCGUCAUGGUGUGGAUGCUGAACGGUAGUGCGGUUCUCACAAUCUCCAAGGAGAUUGGUGUCCUGCCCUCCAUUUACCCCAAUGUGACCGCUGAGAAAAGCCACGUCUCACCGGGAGACAGCUGGGUGUUUGUCCUGAAAAACACAGAGCGGCACAACCAGGGAUCGGUGACCUGUGAUCUCCAGGGCAUUGAUAGGAAAACAGCAAGCCUGUUUGUACAAGAAAAGGGCAGCGUGAAAGUCGUUGGGGACGACAAGUUGGCUUUUAAAGGUAAGUCGGUCCGGUUUGAAUGCCAAGCAGCAGGAUGGUACCCUAAACCCACUUUGCAAUGGCAUCUGAAUGACAAAAUGGUGAGCCAGGGUGAAUACAACAUCAGUAGUGAAGAGUCGGGGAAGAGCCUCUUCACCGUGACCAGCAACCUCAGCGUUACGGCGGCAAAGAGCUCUCAUGUGGAUUGUCUGGCCUCUGUGUCUGCCCUCCCCACGCCACUGAAGAGCCGUGUCCGUCUGACAGUGGUUGCAGAGGUGGUGCAGGAGGAAGAUGACUGCACAGUCCCUGUGGCAGUAACAGCCUCCCUCUCUGCUGUUCUGCUGCUCCUCCUGCUCUGCAUCUGCACUGUCCUCUGGUACAGACAAAGGAGACAAGCAAAACAGAGCCCAAAGGAAGAGGCGGUAAUCAGGUUCGACCAAUCAGUGAGCGGGAGAAGCUCGGUUGCUGAGGCGACAAGGGGGAAGGUCAACCUUGGAUACUCUAGUGAGGGCCCCACAGAUGCAGUUUUCAAUGAGCUAAACAUGGAAACUCGUAGGCAGCAGGAGGACUGUGUCAGCUUUCACAAGCAGGUCCCUGAUCUCGUGUCCUCCGGCAGCCUGUCUCUACGCGGUGCGAGCCAAACCCCGGUGUGCCAGUCAGAGGGAAGCGCCAAAAAUGUCCGGAGAAUAACCACAGUUUAAAUGUUUAUUAUGUUAUUUGAUAUAACAAUAUGAUGGUAAUGAUGGAGAGUACAGGAGGGCCCCUCAACAUUGUUUGUACAGUAUAAUGUUUCAUAUGUUUGUGCAGCUUGAGGUUAAUGAUGUGUUCCCUUAUGGCUUUUAUAUAGUUUGUUCAGGACAUAUAGGAUAUAAACUACAGCAUAUACAUUUAAAAGAAGAAUGUGCAGCUUAUUGCUACGUGUUAAGAUAAUAUAAUGCUGAUAUUUGUGAUGCAAGAUGAUCAGACAAGCUGCAAACAAACCAACACUUCAACCAGAUUACCUGAAACAUCUUAUUUGAAGGUAAAACUGUCUGUAAUGUUUCAUUAUCGCUCGACUGUGGUCGUGCACUACAGCAGGUCAAAGUUGAACCACAUUUAUAACUGACAGUAUGGAUAUUUCUCUCUGUAUGGCUUUUGUUUUCUCUUCUAACUAACUUUGUCUAA